AUGGACACCCCCCUUUGGGCACCGCCUGUCUGUCCCAACUCUACACGCGCACUUACCAAACACGCCGGCCCUGCCCCCUCUUCUUCUCCCCGGCGCGUGGGUCCGUCCAGCACAGCACACCCACAACCGCAGGAGCGUCAAGGCGCACACCUAUACUCAUACUCUUACGAGUCUGAAAAUGAACAUUCCCCGAUGAUCCUGGAAUAUCCCCCGCCGCCGCCGCACAGCUUUGAUGAGGUGCCGCCGGCCGCGAUGCUACAAUCCAACUCUGAUUUCUCUGACUCCCCCAUUGCAAUCGCUUUUCGGCCGACCUCGUCCACCCCUAACCCGCUAAUCACCCUCGCCCCUCCGCUCACCUCCUUACGCCAAACCACUCCAUACCCCCCGUCUGCCCACCACGCACACCAUCAUCCACAUCACCUUACCUGA